AUGAACCCCAACUUGCCUUACGAGCAGACCUUGCCCGUGCUGUCUCGGCCUACGUGGGAUCCGACCUCUCCCUAUACUACUUUCGAUCCUAUUGUACCCGUGACCUCACAGACACCUCUAGCUCCUGCCCCUCCUAGUCGCAAAACAACGAGGGUACGCAAACCCCGUAAAAACGGCAAUGUAUCUACAGGCAAAUCAACGUUAUUUUGGGUCAACAGUGAUCAACAAACUGCAGCGGCAGGCACGACGGACGAGACCCUAAAGCGAAUUCGGUCCCAUGUGAUGUCCGAGCAUAAUCGCAAGAAGCGGAUGGAGAGCACGGAACAGUACAAUAAGAGCAAAUGGAAACACGCACCUUAUCAGCCACCGACGAAUGCUGGGGCACUCAUAACUGCUGAGCCUGUCCGUCCGUCUAUUAGCUCGUCCGCCAGCUUGUCCGGUAGUCAAGUCGCAGACGAACAAGAGUUAGAACAGGUCGAGGGGCUUGUUGCUUCAACAACUGUUGGAUACCCUGCCACACAGGCGGCAAUAUGGGACGACGGUGACUCUCGUGGGACGGUGGCCUACCCUGCUAGCCCGUCUGCAUGGUCUUACGUGGGACAAGGAGCUAAUGAUCCUUUCCAUACUGGACAUACACAGCUCACAGAUAGAAUGAUGCGACACCUGCGAGUCUUCCUCUGGGAUCUAACACAAGAAGCACACCCAUUACAAACGCGAUACAAGCCUAAACUGCAGGCGCAUUGGGCGUCCCUGAUUCAGCGGGAUCCAGCCAUUCUGCACGCAACGAUUUGUAUGGCUAGUUCCAAUGAUGCUAUGCGUGCAGGCGAGCUACCCAUUCGAGAUCCAAAUCAAAAGCGGAGCCAGUUGGUGAUCGACACGUUCCACCAUCGUGGUGAGACUAUUCGAUUGGUUAACGAGGGCCUCUCAGACCCGGUCAAGGCUUCCAGUGAUGUUUUGAUUGCUGCGGUUUCUACGUUACUGACAAUCGAAAUUGCGUCGGGAAACCCCGAUUAUCUCAAAAUCCAUCUGGCAGGUUUACGACAGAUGAUCGCACUGCGAAAGAACUUUGACGACGUUCCUUCAGACGUCCGGUUCCAAAUCUCAUGGUCAGUAUACCCCUUCUGUGCACAAUUAGAGACAAAGCUUGCUAACUUCGCGAUUAGGACUGAUAUCCGAGUUGCUUGUAUGGCCCACGCCAGACCUAUAUUCCCCUUUAUCCGCUACACCCGCCCAGCGCGAUUCUCUCUCAUCCCACCCAAUGACGACGUAGCAUUACUCUCCACCCGCCUCUUCCCUCUACUCAAAAUCCCCGGCAUUUUCGGCGAAGCCAUGCCACAAAUCGUAUAUGAUCUCCUCGAGCUAUCCUGGUAUGCUGAAUGGAUCAAAGGCAACACUGGGUACAAAGAGUUCAACGAGGAGACCGAGGACUACUUCAACACGGAAGUGCUGCACGUAGAAUAUCAACUGCACACAGACCGAUAUACAGCAACAGGUCAAGUAAAGGGCGACAACUCCAUCGAGGGCUGCACCCGUCUCGCUUUACUGCUGUUCCACAACAGCGCCAUCUGGAAUUUCUAUCCAAUGAUCGGCCAGUUACUGCCUAAGCCGAUCCAGGCUCUGCGCAUUGCCCUUGAGGCGACCAUCCCCUCGGGGUUAUUCGCGCUCUGUCGCGACCUGCUCCUCUGGCAGCUUUUCAUGGGUGCAGCUUGCAGUCUCACCCUGCCGUCAGAGCGGGCCUUCUUUGUAUCUGAACUGGCCAAUGCUGCGCGGCUGCAGGGGAUCCGGUCGUGGCAGGAGGCCCGUGCUAUCUUGCUCGGCUUUUUCUAUGUCGAUCGCAUUCACCUGCCUAUGCUUCGUCAGAUAUGGGAUGAGGGUCAUUUGCAGGUAGAACCCCCGGCAGUAUGA